GGCGGCAGAUGCUGCAAGCCAUACCGGCAACCGACUAUUCACCAACCCAUCUUCAAUCAUCCAAAAAUCUUCCUGCCAAUAUCUUUUCAAAACCCCUUUCCCAAGAUGUGGUCAUUCCACUUAUUCCAAAUUAUGAUGGUACUCCUCAUCCAAGGCGAAGCUCCUUACGCCCAAGCCAACCCGUUCGGUUGUGGAAACGUAAAAAAUGAAAAUGGACGUGUCUUCCAGACCCGUCGCUGCGUAAAAAUUCUACCAGGAAAGCUUCCCGCUCGGAGUGGGUUGCCUGGGAAGUUUUAUCAGGUUGAAAUGAUCCAAUUGGAAGCACACAUGCAUAAUGACUGCGCCACAACUUUUCAUAAAAUAGCAUCAUGCUGCGACAAUGACUCAGUCCCACACCUUAACAACCCUGUGUCGAUCGCAAACUGGUCAACCUUUUGUAAGAAUCCCGACAACACGGACAUCAGUAGAGACCAAGGACCACCAAAAUGAAGACUUCUUAUCACUGCUUGACUAUCAUUUUAUCAUCAAAUGCAGAGCUUGAACCACCAUGUCGACUUUUCUCAUCUUUCCUAUGUAAAAUUCAUUUGCAAGGAACGAUGCAUCAUUUUUACUUCGAAUUUCUCAAGUAUGAUGUUAAAA